CGUAUCCAAAAUGGCGGAAGGUGGAGGUAUUGAAGACGAUGGAUGGCACACAGACUUAAUUCUAGCGCUGUCCAAACAAAAGGAUCCCGAGCGACUUCGUGAACUUUGCCGCGGACGUAAAAUACCUGCCGAAAACAGAGCUGAUAUUUGGAAGGUUUGCCUCAACGUAGUAGGAAAGCCAGAUGCUUUGUCAACAUGGGAUGGAAUGUUGGAUUUGAACGAACAAGAUAUGAUCAGAGAUGAUUGCAAGCGACAAGCCGGAAAGCUUCAUUUGUCUGAUGAUGACAUUGAUGAAGUCGCUCGAGAAAUGGAAAGCAUCAUAACAUUUUACUGCAAAUCAAGGAAUGAAAAGUACAGAACUACAAGUGGCCUCACGGAACUGUUAGCACCAUUAAUGAUGCUUGAAAUACCCACCAGUGAUGUUUAUAAUUGUUUUUAUGCUUUGCUCUAUAAAUUUAUACCAAGGGAUUGUGUGAGGGAUGGAAAACCCUUUCAUCUAUUCAGACUGCUUCUACAGUACCAUGAUCCUGAACUAUGUUCGUUUUUAGACUCUAGAAAAUUAUCACCAGAUUCAUAUUGUCAAACAUGGAUCCGGAGCCUAAUGGUAGCAGUAUGUGAAGAUGAUGUGAUCCGUGCUUUAUGGGACGUUUAUUUACUUGAAUCAGAUCCUUUUCUUAUCUUCUUUUUAUCUUUAGUAAUGAUCGUAAAUGCCAGAGAUCAAGUUUUUGAACUUAAAUCAGCGAGUAAAGCAGAUAUCUUAGAAAUGAUAGCAUCAAUACCAGGCCAGCUAGAAGCUGAUGAUAUUGAAGACUUUUGUUCCCUUGCUCAGUAUUAUGCAACAAGAACUCCUCAGUCUUUUAGAAAGGACUACUACAGUCAGUUGUUUGGUGUAAAGACUAUCAACUCUAACAGUAUUUCACAAGCUCUUUGUCUCCCAGUGUCUGUGUCAGAGUUGCUAGGGGCCAAUCAGUCUAAUCACAAAGAUGGGGUGAGGUUUUUCGUGGUUGACUGCAGACCAGCUGAACAAUACAACAGUGGGCACCUACCAACAGCGUUUCACCUGGAUGCAAACCUGAUGUUACAAGCCCCUUCAGAGUUUGCAACAGCAGCCAAGGCCCUAUUUGCCACCCAAAAACAGUCACUAGCAGCUGGAUCAGUAGCAGGAGGGGAACACCUUUGUUUUAUGGGGUCAGGACGAGAAGAAGAGGACCAGUAUGUACACAUGGUCAUCGCUAACUUCUUACAGCGCAAAGCAAAGUACGUCAGCCUGGCUCGUGGUGGAUAUCAGACUCUGCACGAGACGUUGUCUGAUGAUUUAUCAACUGGUCUGGCAGAUCACUCACUGCAAAGAUGUAUUGUAUGCACCCCUGAAGCCUAUUCUGAAGAUGAGAGUUAUCACGAAUUAUCGAGAGGAGGAGACCAAAGUCCGUCCGAUGGACGAACUGGUCUUGUUGGUAUGCUGUCAUCUAAACUAAUGUCCAAGGGAGCCAACGUUAAAGAAAAAAUAGGUCAUUUUAUCGCAGAGUCAAGCCAACCAGUGGAAAGGCAUGUGAGCAGUACAGACAAACAAAGUAAACUAUAUAGAAACGUUCAACCAGUAUUCAGCAUAGACGACGAUGACGAUGAAGGAGAUGCUUGCAGUGUUUCAAGCUCUGAAGAUGAAAAUCGCAAAGAAUCAGUUAAUCUGGAGACAUGGUUGAAAAGAAAGGACGUUUUUGCCUCAUUUGAAUGUAAUGAGGUGCUUUCCCGUGGUCACCUAGCACCCAGACUUUUUUUCUCUAGUUACAUCCUCAUUAUGGAAGUCCACAUGUAUGUACUGCGAGAAAUCUCUAAGCGACCUGGCUGGGCACACAUCCAGCACAGACAUCACCUUGCCGACAUCCUUAAGAUAACCUCAAAAAGAAAACACCCUGAACUAAUAACAUUCAAGUAUGGCGCAGGCAACCUAGAGGACUCAGCGAUCAAGUCUGCAGAGAGAUACCUUAUUCCCAAUUCCCAGAAAGCUACCAAGAAAAUCAAGGAAAGAAUCUUAAAGGUCAUUGGUGAAUGAAAAAAUGGUUGCAACGAUGAAUGAGUGUACUGACUAGUCAUGAGAGAUAUGUCAAGAAAAGUAAUCCAUACAUGAGAAUAUCUUUUAAAAAGAUAGCAUGAAUACGAAGAUGGGACGUCAAGUUUAGUGGAAUAGUUAUCGGAGAUGAAAUUAAGUACUCUCAUACGAUUGCCAUGGGAAAACUCGAAGCAGGUUAUAUAGCCUGUUUUUGUCAAUGCAAAUGCCAGUAUAUUUUCUGUGGCUGUCAUCUAGCUGCUUACUAAUAUUUAAUAAGAACUAGCGUGGAGAGAAAUCCACUUAAACAUAUGAACAAUGAUACGAAAGAAAACUAGCAAACUAAUACCUUUGAUGAAGGAUAGUAGUGUGCAAGAAAUAACCAAUCCAAUUAUUGAACUCCACACCAGUAAAGGACCAUAGCAGUAUUCUCAAUAGCCUUCUUUUACAUAAUUAGGGUACUAUAGUUCUUCCAGUACAAACCUUAUUACCCACUUUAUAUUCUGUAGAUUUUGUUAGAAAACAAAAAAAUCAUACUAAAUGGGAUGAUAUAGUCUAAAAAUCCUAUCCAGUGGAUAUAUUUAUUGGAUAACAGCAUCAAUAGAUCCAUUGGAUAAGGAAUUGUCCAUUGGAAAAUGCGAUCCACCCUUCAUAUAACUGGGCCCAGAAGGUUAUGUUGUAACCUUAGAAUAAAGAGACUGAUUUUACUAGAUACUGUUAUCACAAAAAGAAAAUCAAAGGGUUUUGUGAUCCUCAUAUUGCCAAUGAAGUAAGAUAUUAUGCUAUGGAUGCAGUUAGAAAACAAAUGUAUGAAUAUAUUAGAUCUCCAUGGUAGUUUAUUUAAUGACACUAAAUAUUGAUAAGGAACAAUAAUAAAAUACCUCAAAUUGA